CGGAGCUGAAGGUAAGGUGGCCAGUGCCUGGCUAUGAUGCCAUUUGGAGGGAUGGCUGCCCGUCUGCAGAGAGACCGCCUGAGAGCCGAGGGGGUCGGCCAGCACAACAACGCCAUCAAGUACCUCAACCAGGACUACGAGGCCCUCAAGCAGGAGUGCAUUGAGAGUGGCAGGCUCCUCAAAAAACAGUUCCCGGCUGGUCCCUCCGCCCUCGGAUUCAAGGAGCUGGGGCCGCACUCCAGCAAGACACGUGGGGUGGUGUGGAAGCGUCCGUCGGAAUUAGUGGAUGACCCUCAGUUCAUCGUUGGCGGUGCAACCCGGACGGACAUCUGCCAAGGGGCUCUGGGUGACUGCUGGCUGCUGGCUGCCAUUGGCUCCCUCACACUCAACGAGGAGCUCCUGCACCGCGUGGUGCCCCACGGACAGAGCUUCCAGGAGGACUAUGCAGGCAUCUUCCACUUCCAGAUCUGGCAGUUUGGUGAGUGGGUGGACGUUGUGGUGGACGACCUGCUGCCCACCAAGGAUGGGGAGCUCCUGUUUGUCCACUCAGCAGAGUGCACCGAGUUCUGGAGUGCUCUGCUGGAGAAGGCCUAUGCCAAGCUGAAUGGCUGCUAUGAGUCGCUCUCGGGGGGCAGCACCACCGAGGGAUUUGAGGACUUCACCGGUGGUGUGGCAGAAAUGUACGACCUGAAGCGACCACCGCGCAACAUGGCCCAUAUCAUCCGCAAGGCGCUGGAGAGGGGUUCCCUGCUGGGUUGCUCCAUCGACAUCACAAGCGCCUUUGAUAUGGAAGCAGUGACCUUCAAGAAGCUGGUGAAAGGCCAUGCCUACUCUGUCACAGCCUUUAGAAACGUGAACUACCGGGGGCAGCAGGAACAAAUCAUCCGCAUCAGGAACCCCUGGGGUCAGGUGGAGUGGACUGGAGCCUGGAGUGAUGGCUCCUCUGAGUGGGACAACAUUGACCCUGGUGACAGGGAAGAGCUGCAGCUGAAGAUGGAGGACGGAGAGUUCUGGAUGUCUUUUCGAGACUUCAUGAGGGAGUUCUCCAGGCUGGAGAUCUGCAACCUGACCCCCGAUGCCCUCACCAAGGAUGAGCUCAGCAGAUGGCAUACACAGGUGUUUGAGGGCACAUGGCGCCGGGGCAGCACUGCUGGGGGCUGCAGGAAUCACCCAGCCACAUUCUGGAUCAAUCCCCAGUUUAAGAUCAAGUUGCUAGAAGAAGAUGAUGACCCUGGGGACGAUGAGGUGGCCUGCAGCUUCCUGGUGGCUCUGAUGCAGAAGCACCGGCGUCGGGAGCGGCGGGUGGGAGGUGACAUGCAUACCAUCGGCUUUGCUGUCUACGAGGUUCCUGAGGAGGCCCAGGGCACCCAGAACGUGCACUUGAAGAAGGACUUCUUCCUGCGAAACCAGUCAAUGGCACGAUCUGAGACCUUCAUCAACCUGCGGGAGGUGAGCAACCAGAUCCGGCUGCCCCCUGGAGAGUACAUCGUUGUGCCUUCCACCUUCGAGCCGCACAAGGAGGCUGACUUCGUCCUGCGCGUCUUCACCGAGAAGCAGUCGGACACAGAGGAGCUGGAUGAAGAGAUCUCAGCAGAUCUGGCAGAUGAGGAGGAAAUAACUGAAGAUGACAUAGAGGAUGGCUUCAAGAACAUGUUCCAGCAGCUGGCAGGGGAGGACAUGGAAAUCAGUGUCUUUGAGCUUCGGACUAUUCUGAACAGAGUCAUCGCUAGACACAAAGAUCUGAAGACAGACGGGUUCAGCCUGGACUCCUGCCGCAACAUGGUCAACCUGAUGGAUAAAGAUGGCAGUGCCCGCCUUGGUCUGGUGGAGUUCCAGAUCCUGUGGAACAAGAUCCGGAGCUGGCUGACGAUCUUCCGCCAGCAUGACCUGGAUAAGUCAGGCACCAUGAGCUCCUACGAGAUGCGCAUGGCUCUAGAGUCAGCCGGUUUCAAGCUGAACAACAAGCUGCAUCAAGUGGUGGUGGCCCGCUAUGCAGAUGAUGACAUGGGUGUGGACUUUGACAACUUUGUCUGCUGCCUCGUGAAGCUGGAGGCCAUGUUCAGGUUCUUCCGCAGCAUGGACCCUGAAGGCACUGGGACCGCUGUCAUGAACCUUGCCGAGUGGCUGCUGCUGACGAUGUGCGGCUAGGAGCCAUGACAGAUCCACUGCAGCUGGGACACCCCAAUGGGCCAGGCCCCCUCCAAGUGCCUCCCCUUGGAUCCAUGGACACGGGAUACUCUUCCAUGGACACAUGGAUACUCUUCACCCUUGCUCCAUCCCACGCUGAGCCACCAGCCCUGCCUCCCAGCAAGCCUUACACCACCUUCUCCAGUGGACCAGGGGUCAAGGCAGGCAAGGGAUUCCCUUCUUCUCAGCUGGGCUGGGCUUCUUUCCACUCCCCGCUCCUCUCUCCCACCCCAGAAGAGGAGGAGGGCAAGCAGCAUGGAGUACCUGUGAAUUCCUGCACAAUGGUAGGCUGGGGGCAAGCUGUGGAGCAGGAAGAGGCAGGAACUGCAGGGGGAUGAGGGGGAGGACACUCAUAUCGCUUGCUCUAGUGAUG